GAGAGACAGAACACAGCAGCCGUGCAGAGCGACCUGCAGAAACUGUGUGAAAUCAUAAUAAAGGACAGAGAACAGGCUAAAGACUGCACUUUAGAGCGGACGAGCAAACCUGAAGUCACCGGAGUGAAGACGAGGCGGAGACUCGAGGAGCAUCAAUAGAUAUUGAGUUCUUGUCUCGAUAGACUUCAUAAAAGAACGGCGAGAACAUGGAUGGUCCAGAACCCUGCAGAAUAAAACAAGAUGAUGGUGAAGAACACAUAGGCCUGACGGAAGAGAACAAGGUGCUUGAAGAACUGAUGGAAGCGGGGGAGAAACAUGACACUUGCCCUCAGUGUGGAGAGAGUUUCUCAUGCGAACAAAGUCUUAAUCUUCACAUGAAAUUUCAUAGUGGAAUGGAGCCGUACGCAUGUGAUCAGUGCGAGAAGACUUUCACGCAAAAAGCGAACCUUGCCAAACACAGUAAAAUCCACACUGACGAGAAGCCACACACGUGUGAUCAGUGCGGGAAGAAGUUCAGACUUAAAGGAUUUCUCUAUGAACACAUGAAAAUCCACACGGGAGCGAUGCCGUACACGUGUGAUCAGUGCGGGAGGAAAUUCAGACAUAAAGGAAACCUGAACACACACAUGAAUAUCCACACUGGAAAGAAACCCUUCGCAUGUGAUCAGUGCGGGAAGAGUUUCAGACAUAAAGGAAAUUAUAACGAUCACAUGAAAAUCCACGCAGGAGAGAAGCCCUGGAGAAAAACCACUGGAGAGCCGCACGCAUGCAGUCAGUGUGGAAAGAAAUUCAAACAAAAACACAUCCUUAAUGAACACAUGAGAACCCACACUGGAGAGAAGCCGCACACAUGCGAUCAGUGCGGGAGGAAAUUUAGAUAUAAAGGAAACCUGAACACACACAUGAAUAUCCACACUGGAGAGAAACCCUUCGCAUGUGAUCAGUGCGGGAAGAGUUUCAGACAUAGAGGAAAUUAUAACGAUCACAUGAAAAUCCACACUGGAGAGAAGCAGUACGCAUGUGAACAGUGUGCUAAGAGUUUCAUACAAAAAGGACAGCUUAAUGAACACAUGAAAAUCCACACUGGAGAGAAGCCCUUCACAUGUGAAGAGUGCGGGAAGAGUUUCAGAAAGUCAAGUGUUUUUAAAGUACAUCAGCUCACUCAUUCUAGAGAAAGAAUUUAUAACUGUGACCAGUGCAGUAAAACAUUUUUUAGGGCAGAUUUCCUGAAGGACCACAUGACCGUUCAUACACAGGAGAGGCCUUACGUAUGUUCUUUGUGUGCAAAGAGCUUUAGACAGAUGGGUAAUUUAAAAACACAUCUGAAAAGACACAGCGGUGUGAAGGAUCAUAUUUGCUCGGAGUGUGGAAAGACGUUUUUUACAGUUCAUGCACUGAGAAAGCACCAGACAGUUCACACCGGAGAAAAACCUAACCAGUGUUCACACUCUGACAAGACAUUCACAUGGCCAGAAUAUCUGAAAAUACAUGAGACGAUCCACACUGAAGAGAAGCCACACACGUGUGAUCAGUGCGGGAAGAAGUUCAGACUUAAAGGAUUUCUCUAUGAACACAUGAAAAUCCACACGGGAGCGAUGCCGUACACGUGUGAUCAGUGCGGGAGGAAAUUCAGACAUAAAGGAAGCCUUAAUACACACAUGAGAAUCCACACUGGAAAGAAACCCUUCGCAUGUGAUCAGUGCGGGAAGAGUUUCAGACAUAAAGGAAAUUAUAACGAUCACAUGAAAAUCCACACUGGAGAGAAGCCGCAUGUAUGUGAUCAGUGCGGGAGGAGUUUCAUACAAAAAGAACACCUUAAAAAACACAUGAGGAUCCACACUGGAGAGAAGCCCUUCACAUGUGAACAGUGCGGAAAGGGUUUCGUAAAAAAAGAACGCCUUAUAAAACACAUGAAAAUACACUGAAGAGAAGCCGUACACAUUUCAGACUUGAAGGAACUCUUUAUGAACACAUGAGAAUCCACACUGGAGAGAAGCCCUUCACAUGUGAACAGUGCGGAAAGAGUUUCAGAAAGUCAGGGGUUUUAAGAGAACAUCCGCAUACUCCUUCUGGAGAAAGACUAUAUAAGUGUGACCAGUGCAGUAAAACAUAUUUUAGGGAAGAUUCCCUAAAAGUGCAUACACGGGAGAGGACUUACACAUGUUCUUUUUGUCCAGAGAGUUUUAGACAGAUGGGUAAUUUAAAAACACGUCUGAAAAGACACAGCGGUGUGAAGGAUGAUAUUUGUUAUGAGUACGGAAGGGCUUUUUUAAUUUUUUUUUAGAGAUUCUGAACUGAAAAUGCACCAGAAAGUUCAUACUGAGGAAAAACCUUACAAGUGUUCACACUGUGACGAGAGAUUCAAACGGC